AUGGAUAGUAUCCCAAAUAGUAAUCAAUCACCAUUAUGGAGGGAAAUUCUUAAAGGCCGCGCGAUUCUGAAAAAAGGAUUGAUUGUUAAUAUAGGAAAUGGGAAGUCCACCUCCUUAUGGUUUCAUCAUUGGAUUGGGGACGGUCCUUUGUAUACUCUAAAAGAUGUUAAAAUUCCUGAUUCAAAAGCCCAUUGGUACGUUAAUAGAAUAAUUCGAGGAGGAAAAUGGCAUUUGGAUGAUAUUAUUCAUUUAAUCCCUAAUCAUAUUAAAAACCUUAUUCUAGCUUAUCCUUUAUGUACCAAUGACAAGGAGGAGGACUUUAUUAGAUGGCAAUAUUCUAAAACUGGAGCUUUCACCAUUAAAUCUGCGUAUUAUAUUCAGCUGCAUGACUCGUUAAACUCUGUGGACAAUAGACAAUCAUUCUGGAAGUCCAUUUGGAAAAUAAAAGUUCCUUACAAAUACAGGAUGCUGAUUUGGAAUUGUGCUCAUGAGAUUCUUCCUGUAGCCCAAGGUUUAAAUAGAGUUAUUCAUCAGAUUAGCCCUAUUUUCUCAAGAUGUCUUUCAGACCAAGAAUCUCAUAUCCAUUUAUUCAGAGACUGUGCUCAAUCAAGUGUUUUAUGGUCUUUCAUAUUUCAGAGGAUUUGGAAUAAUGAAAAAUUUGAUUUCAGAUCUUUUUAUAAUCUUCAAUGGAAACAAUGGAUCAAGUUUAAUCUUUCUUGUUCUAUGAGAUGGAAAGUUCUUUUUUCUGUGGCCAUUUUUCAUAUCUGGACUUCUAGAAACAAUGCUGUUUUCAGUUUUAAAAUGAAGCAUUGCUUUUCCUUAUACAAUUCCUUUUUUGUGGAUUGGAAAAGUACUAAUUUCAUUUUGCAGGGUAAGGAUGUGAAACAGAAUCAGAUAGCUGGAAAUUUUACUUUCAAAUGGCUCCCACCAAAACCAGAUUUCUUGAAGCUAAAUGUGGAUGGAGCGUGGAAAUCCGUGACUGAAGCAGGAGGAGGGGGAGUUUUCAGAAGGCCUAAUGGUUCAUGGUUUGUAGGCUUCUCAUGUAAAUUUAAUGUUAGCUCUCCUCUAGCUGCGGAGCUGUAUGCGCUCAGAGAGGGUUUAAUCAUUGCAAGGGAUCUUAGCAUGGACAAAUUGGAGGUAGAAACAGAUGUUGUCCAGCUUAAGUUAAUGUUGGAGAAAAUGGAUGAGAACAAUUUCCAUGAGCUCAGUCCCGUGCUGAAGGAAGUGGCUAAUCUGUUAAGGCAGAACUGGAUCAUUACUUUCAAUCACAUUCCUCGUUUCUGCAACAAAGUAGCUCAUGAUCUUGCAGCACAUUCUCUGGUGAUGGCUGUUGGCCACAAACUCCACUACAUUAUACCAGCCUGUGCAAAGGAGCACUACAUUAAAGAAUUUGAAUUGACUAAUCUUGAGUAUGCAGAGUUUGUGAGAAGAGAAGCUGCAAUGGGAAUCAUCAGUGCACCCCAAGCUAAUCCUGCAGUUCCAGUAACUUCUUCAGCGGCACAAAUUGUUUUUGGUUCAAUAGUUUCAGAUAUCAAGCAGGCAGCAGAUAUUGCAAGUGGAAAACAAAACCUCAAACAAGAUAAAGGGAAAGGCAAAAUGUUCGAACCUUUUGUUGUUGGUGGAUCAACAGUCUCUAAUCCCAUAGAGAUUGUUGAGCUAGAAGAUGGUGAGGUGUCCAACAAUUAA